AUGGCAAGUAAAUGGUACUUCACCCAAGAAGAAUUGAGUAAAUCGCCAAGUGCUAAAGUGGGAAUCAGUGCAAGUCAAGAACAAGAUUAUAAGCGGCAGGCUGCAUUUCUGAUCAGUGACAUGGGGCAACGGCUGAAAGUUUCUCAGUCGUGCAUCAAUAAAGCGACUGUCUACAUGCAUAGGUUUUAUGCAUACCACCCGCAAUCUGAAUUUAAAAAGUGUUCGGUUGCGUGUGCCGUUUUGUUCCUGGCUGCAAAAAUUAAGGGAACAGCUGUAAGCCCUGAGAUGGUGAUCAAAACUAUGCGUCUGUGCUUGAAUAAAAAUUUGAGGCAGGUUGAUAUUUAUUCGGAAGACUUCAGGAAAAAAGUUAGUAAAUUAAUUACCGACGAAUUAAUUUUACAAGCGACUCUGGGGCCCGUGACCGAAAUUGAAACUCCUCAUAGAUAUGUGUUCGCGUUCUGCCAGAAGUUGAACGUGAGCAAGGAAUUUUUACGCCUUGCUGACAAGAUAGCGACGCAUUGUCUUCAAUUAACAUCAAUGUGUUUGAGGUUCACACCUAAAGACAUUGCUGUUUUUUGUGUUCAUCUGACGAAUAAGUGGUCCCAUUUCAAAAUCCAGAACACCGUCGACGGACGACCUUGGCUCCAGCGCUUGAAUUCCAAGGUCAAUGAUGUACUUUUGUGGAAAAUGGACAAAGAGUUCAAAAGUUGCUUGGACAUGUGUUCUUCACGGAUUCAAACUCAUGUCAUAAGUGCUUUUGUAACAAAUUCUGUUUCUCCUGCGUCGGAUCGAGAUAAAACGCCUGAAGAUCAAAAAUCAGUUCAGCGGACAAAAAUUAGUUUGAAGGACUAUCUAGCUAGGAAAAAGAAGAUUGGAAAUAGUAGUGAUAGUAAUAAUAAUCCUAUGCCAAAAGCAGAUAAAACUAUAACACUUGUAAAAAAUUCAUCACUUGAAACUAGUGACAUAGUCAGUGAAAAAAGUCGUAAACGAAAAAAUAGUUCAGAUUUAAAAGAUAUAUCGACACCUGCUAAAAAGUUCAAGCCAAGUUAG